GUCAAGUGGAACAAGUUGACGGAGUCACAAAACAGUCCGGUCGCGUCGCAGGGCAAAGCAUCUUGUCCGAGUGGGAUCUCCUUGUAACUUCUCAUCGCGCCGCAUAGAUCCUCGAUGGCUUCCUGCAGCGGACGCUCCGCGUCCGCGACGUUGAAUCCACAGUCUGACAGUUUGCCAGGAUUAUUAUUGCAUCGUAGAGCUUCUUCACUCUUCGACUCGUCCUGUCUUGUGUCGUAGACUUCUUCAUCACCACCGAACUCUAACUUUACCUGCGUAGCAGUUGCACAGGCACCGGAAGGUUAAAUCAUAUAUUGGACUCAGUCGCGCUCGAGACCGGCUUGCCCACCUCCGUGACCACGGUCAUUUCGCUGGUCUUCUGGCUGGCGAAGCCGCAUGUAUAGAUCUAUCUUGGACUGCACUUCGCUAUCAGCAAGCGUGCGCGCCUCGUUUCUUCCCCCGCUCUGGUUCUGACGUUGAGAUCCGGCCCAUAAUGCCUCCGAUAGUCUACACGAGCUCAUUGCUCGCUUCAAUGAACACGCGCAAGGUCUUGCGAGAUCGGUCAGUCUCGCAAUCUGGUAGCGGCCACAGUUCGCACGUCGACCCCGUCAACUUCCAUACUGCAGUGCAGAUCACUGUGGACAAGACGGUCGACUUUGGCUUAGAAGAUGACAUACGGGGAGCUGUAUCACAGGCGUCCGAGAGGAAGGACGCCGUGUCACCGGUUUGAGAGAAUGGAUGGUGAGCACUGCCGUCCGGCCGCGCUAGACACGAGAACCAUACGCCCAAUUAGUGUAGGACGCAUUGCCCUAUACCUUGCUUCAUGUUCCUUUCAGUCAGCCUGCUGACUCCCUGCAUUUUACUGUACUAGUAUGUGUAGUCUCUGCGCUCGUAGGCGAUGGCACGUCCGUCGAUCUUUUUAGCGCUUCC